CAUUGGUCAGUGGUGUUGCUCACCGAGUGCAUCAUCUCCCAGUGAGUUUAUCGUGCAACACGUACCAAGAAUAACAAAACCAACUAGUUGUUAGAAUAAACAGGGGAUAAUUGAGAAUAAUUGACAAGCUGAGUAAGGCUGGUGAGCGAGAAUAACUAUAAGAAAUAUAUAAUAAACCAGAAUACCUGGUGGAUACUCCGGCAAAAAGCCAUAAGAUAAAAGCAAAUAGGAUAACAGAAAGGCAUCUCUGGAGGUACUAUACAGGGUCACUACCCUUCGUUCAGUGGCAAGGCCAACCGCAAUAUACUACACACAACGAGCAACUAGUAUCAUACUGACAUCAAGAAGUCAAUACUUCAUCUUUCAUCAUCAUCCAGGGGUGAUACACCCGGGGGAGAGAUCCCAGUGGUUUUAGUCAGUGGAUAACGAGGAUGACUGUCUGAGUCAAGUCGUCAACUGUCCGAGAGAAAAGAACUUCGAGAUGAGUAUUUUAUCGAGACGUCUGCCCUUCGUGGCAUUAUUAUAUUUAAUGAUUGACUUACCCUCGCUGGAGGCACUUCCGGUUGGCGAAGCCACACUCGACUCUGCACCUGAAAUUCCCAAAAAUACUAGGAUGGAUCAAGGUGAAGGAAAACUGAUGCAUCGAGAGCUUCCGGGUUCUCCAGCAGAUCUCCUACGCCCGGAUAUAUUCCAAUUCUACACAUUCGACAAAUCCGGUGAAGUAAUAAAAAAAGAGAUGACAAAGCACGAGAUCCAGAGUUUAAUAGCAGCAGGAGGUGGUCACCUGCCGCCGAUGGCACCAGAAAUUCAUGAGCCUCAAAAGGCCGGUGAUGUGCCAACCGGUGGAACGAGAGUUGCCGAUGUAGUACAAAACGUGCAGAAUGUACUGAAAGGUGAAUUGAGCAAGCCAACACCAAUGAUAUCGACAAUACCAAAGAUUCCUGGUCACGCAAAUUCCGAAUGGAGUAGCAUUCUCCCAUCAAUUCUCACCGGUGACAUGGAAUCCAUUGCCCUCAGUCCACCAGAGGUACCAAGACCGCAGCAUCCGGACGAUGAAAAAAUACCGGUGUACGUGGGUCAUCCGAUGUAUGAAGAGAUAACGGAAAGACCAAUGAUCCAAGUGCCAGUUAUAACAGUAGAGGAGAAAUUACCAAUUCAAAAUAAUUCGUCAAGUGAUGAAGAGAGCAAUAACGACCAGAUCAAUGACAACGGUCCAAUAUUUCAGAUAUUAAAUACCAUAUCCGCAGAUAUGUUGAGAAACACCAGCAAUUCUGUGGUCUUGUCUGAUCAGAUUACCGAUGCGAGUGAAUCAUUCGAUCGAUCAACGGCAAAACCCCAAAUUCAACAGUUGAAGAAUGACUCGACAACUUAUCAAGUUCCUACGACCACUCAGAACUCUAUUGAGAACAUCACGGCUGAAGGAAUUAAUCAUGUCAUUAGCAUCGUCUCCGAGACCCAUUCGACAUCGAUAAAAAUCCCCGGGUAUGAUGAGAUGAAGAUAGACCAGUCAAAAUUACAAUCCAUUACUUCAUCUUCCGAGACAAGCGACUCGAAGGAAGCGGUAAAUCAAGAUAAACCGGUGCCAUCAACGUCCAAACCGAUUAUUGCUGAUGAUAAAUUCGAGAUAGUCCAGCCGAUAGAGCCUGUGCUGUUGAACAAUAUCCUGAAGGAAUUUGAAAUCCAGGGGACGACAGCAUUCGAGCCGCUGGAGACUACUGAAAUUAUUCCAACGUCUGAGAAGAACGAAGACAUAACAACAGAGGCCAUUCCACUAACUACAGAGUACGAUAAAUCAGAGGAUCCGACGAUACCACCACAAGAUCAAGUCCCUGUGAACGUCCCACAAGCUGGAAGCACCACUGAAUCCAUUCCAGCAGAAAAUACAACGGACCAAAUAACGCAAGUGACUCAGCAUGACUCAACAACUCCAGACUAUAAAAUCGAAUCGAUAUCGAUAACAACACCUUCAGUAUUGAUAACAGGUACUGAUGCUCCACCGGAGACAACUACAUCAACUCCAGGAGAGAUUAAACUUGAAGAUCCAGUCACUGAAAUAAUUCCCAGAACAACUCCAGAGGAUGCGACUGAAAAGACGAGUGAAGUAGCAGUGGAAGUGACGACUCAAGUUCCAUCCACGACCCCCGAAUCCACGACAACAAUCGAACGAGAGGAGACACCACUGUCUGUGGAGUUGGAGGACUCGUUAUCCAGCAUGAUUUCUCAAAUUUCCGAGGCCAUUAUAGAGCCAUCAUUGCCUGCUCGUAACGAUCAAUCGAAAAUCGCUGAUGAUUUCACGAUUACCGAAGACAUGAACAAGCAGGAAUUCUCCAGCACUGAUGGAGUGCUUCUGCCAUCAUCUCCAAGGCCAUUAGCAGCCCCUGAAAUCACGCCAUCAACACCAGCAAGUGUCAGUCCAGCCUGGAAGACAAAUGCAACAGUGGAAGACAACUCCCUGAAGGAGUCGAAGUUGAAGCCGUCGGUAUCCACUGAGGCGACAGAAACUCCGAUCGUUAGGAUCGAUAUAAUGACACCAGCUGAGACAACAGCGACUCCAGAAAUGCCUCCGGUGGUGCCUGAGGAGGAGUCUCCAGUUGUGAGAAUACAGCUGACGGAUCCAGUCACUGCAGUCAAUCACAUAAUCGAAUCCAUCCCUGCUGACAGCCAUUCAGCAGCCCCAGAAAUUCAACCCAUGACCUUUCCGACGAGAGGAAGCAUCAGUCCAAACAACAUCUCGAGUAGUUUAAUUGCUGGUUUCUCGAAUAAUGAGAAAGCAAACGAGAAUACGACAGAAAUCACUGAUCCUAUCCCUUUGGAAACUGAUAAAAAAGAAUCUUUUGCCGAAAAAGCAGAAGAAUCAAUUCCUGAGGUGGCGCUGGCUCAAGAACAGCCAACAACGGAUUACGAUAAAAAUCUAGCGACAAUUAUGCAACAGAUCAAUUUUAACGAGCUUCCUAUCGUCCAAUCGCCCAAGAAACCGUCAGUGACACACAAAACUGAACCGAAAAUUGACUCCGCUACACCUGAACCUGAGAUCCCUGCGAUUAAAUUCAACAAUAGCGCGCCGAUUAUUCAAUUGGACGAUCUGCCAAUCGUCCAUCACAAGGUCAACAGGCCGAAGCCGUUGAUGAAGGUAAAUAUCACGAAUAAUCAUGAGAAAGAGGAGCCAGUGAGUCUGAAACCCCAGCUGCUGUCAUCGCUUCACAUCUAUGCAGACGAUCCUUACAAGAAAUUAGGGGAGACAGUCGAACCUCAAAUUUCAACGACUGAAACUUCUCAAAUUAAUUUAAACAAGACUCUGAAGAUAAAAGAUCAGAAGAAGGACUCAAGCAUGGAGUUGAUGGAGAAGCUGCCGCUGAUUCCCUUGAACCAGAACCAAUCGCAGUCGGAAAAAAAGCCUCUCAAGACAGCGACAACUCCAGUUUCCAUCAAGGGGCAGGAUAAACCCAAGGAGUCAGACAGAUGGACACUGAUUCCUCAGCAGUUGCCUCCAACAGCGCCGAAGAAGGAAAUACAGGCGAAGCGACCGACACUGGAAUCUAUCACAGCCCCUCCAGAAUCCACCACUCAUAAACAAAUAGAUCAAAUUGCCCUGACACAUUCAAAAACCGUCGAAGCUCUGGACUCCAGCGUGAAAUCACUAAAGCCAGACAUCUCCUACUUCUCAAAUCUCUGCAACAAGCUCGCCUUCUCCUUCUGGAUAUCAACGAAUGAGGGCCUGUCACCAGCUAGAUCAUUGGCAGUGUCGCCGUUCGGAAUGACAAGCAUGUUGGCGAUGGUGUUCCUGGGAGCUCGGGGUCCAACCUCCGAGAAGAUGAACAAUCUCCUAAAGCUAGACGACGUUGCUUCCUUCAAUCCACACUUGAUUUUCCAGAAUAUCACAGAUUCCGUGGGCCUAGCUCGUAAACAGGGAAUAGCUAACGCAGCAUUUGUCCGUGAGUUGUUCGCGGACAGAGAGAAAGUGCGAAAGCUAUUUCCAUUCUACAAGAAACAGGCGCAACAGUUCUACGAUGGUGUAGUCGCCGAGGUGAACUUCGGGGCGAUAAGUGAAUUAGUGAGAAAGAGAACUAAUCUGAUGGUGAGAAAACAAACUGGAGGAAGAAUCAAGGACUUUGUCAGAUCUAACACUAUACCAUUGACAUCACCCCUGGCUGCACUAUCAGCCAAUGUCUUCCAGACAGAUUGCAACUCCAAGGACGCGAGCUCCGAUGGAAGGGAUGGUGAACUUUAUUUCGCUGUAUCACCAGCUAUACGACAGAGAAAGCUUGUGCCAGUGCCAUCGACUGUAUGGAGAGCUGGAGUUCUCGCGGGUUACGAGCCAAAUCUUGAUGCAACGGCUAUCGCCCUAGGUGGACCUGAAAAACUCGUAUCAACGAUCUUUGUCAUUCCUGGACAACAGGGCUUCACAGCACCUGGUGAUAGCCUCGAGCUUUUGGAGGAGAGGCUCAUCCGGGGUGCGACACACGAUGGGGCUUGGAACAAAUUGCUCACGGUUGUCAUUCCGAGACCCGGACUAGAGCUCCAAGUACCCAAAUUCAGUCACAGAAGUGUUAUCAAUGCCACUGGUGCGUUGAAGAGGAUGGGCCUGAGGGAAAUGUUCGACAAGCACGCGGAUCUCAAGGGGAUCAAUGGAGUUGGAGCUAAUUUGCAUCUGACUGAUGUUGUUCAGAUGAAUCUAUUCAGCACUUGCGGGGACGAAAAUAUUCAGAAUGGAAGACAUCAUGUCGAGGUUUAUCCGUCGGGUCUCCAGAGAAAUGCUAGAGGAUUUAAAGAAUUUCCUAGGGAUUACAAACCCAGAACCUCGGAACCACUGCCAUCGAUACAGAGAGAGGACUUAGAUAAACCGAGACUGAAAUUAGAUAGACCAUUUUUGUACUUUGUUCGUCACAAUCCCACUGGUUUAAUCCUCCACAUGGGACGCUUCAAUCCAAGACUUUUACCGUAAUAAUAAUGAGAAUAAUAACUCAUUCAUUGUCCCGAAGAAUUUAACGUGAAAAUUCAAUUGUUUGAAUUACUACGAGUAUCAUGAGCAUCAGCAUUGUGUUUGUGCAACUGUUCACACGUAUUUAUUUGCACUCUCGAUUAAGGAUGUUCUGUGCCCUAUCCGGUAAACCGUUCUUUCAGCUUUUAUGACAAACUUACGAUGGUGUAAAUAUUUUCUUGUGUUUUUUCAAAAAUAAAGAAAAAAUAAAACUGGAGGAAAAAUGCAUAAAAAUAAUCA